GACAGAGUUUUUAGGGAGAAUUGUCUAAAUUUAGCGUUAAUUAAAUUUAAUUGUUACGCGAGGCGCGUGCUGUGACGGAAGCCAUAAUGAUGAUGAUGAUGAUGAUGCUCAGUAACUGUAGCAACGCCUAAGUUUCGUCAACGGUUAACUCUGCUCAGCUUGACCCAGGACGGCAGAUGACGACGCUCAGAUGAAGACAAGCAGGGUAUAAAGCGAAAUCAAACCAACUGAGUGUUUUGCAAUGAUGUCUGCUGAAUUACCCAUGAAAAGAACACACCAGAGCACAUGCAAAGACUCAUUUCAGUCAGUUCAGUCUCCUGCACCUAUCUCACCCACUUCUGGAAUCAGUGGGGUGGAGCACCAAGACAACAGACUGCCCUCUUUAGGCUGUCAGGGUGAACCAGUGGUGGGCAACACUCACCCUGACCUUUCCUCUCACCUGAGCCCUGAGGAUGCUAUCCCAAGUGGACCCUACCAGCCAACUGCUGCCAACUGGGAUGCCUUUCACACCACGAAUCAGACUACUCAACAAGCACCAGAUCAUCCAUGUGAAGUGGUUCAGCAGCAAAUUGAGCAGAUCCGCAAGGUGCUACAGGAGCACAGUAGCCUGCUGGCACUACUAGGAACAGGUUUGAUAUUUCCUGCCUGUGUGCCCAUGCGAUGGAUUGGCUUGUUGCCCGUGCUGACUGCCACAAGCUCUGAGAAGCUCCCAGUUUUGCCAAUGUCAUCUCCUCCAUCAGAUGGAAGGAGGCGUGAGGAUCGUCCUGCCCCCACAUGUCCCAGCCAGGAUAUAUUUAGAUCCAAAGAAGAGACAACACAGCAAAGGCACUCACCUACCACCACAGGGACUCACCAGACUGUGCACAGAGAUGGAGACCAGGACCCAGUCAGCCUCUCUGCUGACCCUGAAGACAGGCUGAUCAGAUCUGCUUUGAGGGAGGAAGAGACCUUCGGGGAGCGUGUAGAGGAACAUCUGAAAGUGCAUGAAAUCUCUGAGCCAAAACAGCUGCAGAACCGCAGUGGGAUGACGACAGAGAGAUGUCACUACAUGCAGGAGGAUGAGGGCAUUUCCAGGAUGGACAGAAAUAAUUUGAAGGUCACUGAUCAGCAGGAGGUCCGGAGGAGGGCUUCCCUCAGCCUGCAGCAGCCCAGCAGGAAGUUAACCUCCGACAUCCAGAGACGCUCCUCUGCCCCUUCUACGGUCUUUAAAGAUGACGGAACGCAGCUUGAAACCUUCCAGUCUCUGAACUUUCAGCCUGAGCAUAGCCGAGAGUUUGGGACUUUACAAGACCUUAGUUCUGGUUCAUGUAAUUCUCAGACACCAGAGAUCCAGCCUCAGGCUGAUGUCUUUUCUCUGGUCUGCGGCCAAGAGCAAACUUACGCCAACACUCCUUUCAUGCCCCAACCUGAAACUCCACCUUUGGAAGGACAACAGAUCACUGAUACUCCUGCAGUAAUUGACAGGGAAGAGGAACUUAGACAGCUACAUGAAGGAAAGUCAAGAGAAGAAUUCCAUUUGGAAGAAAAAGAAAACAUUGAUAACCCUCAUUUAAGAAAGACAGAAUGCAGAAUUAAUCCAUCACUGUCUGAGCCGACACCCUCCGUUGGCAAGUCUUUCAGAGAAAAGAGGCUGAAGCACCAAGAAAUGGAAAACAUGGGUGAAACUGCAGGAAAGAUUGUUGAAGAAGAGGAGGUGAAAGGUCUGUUUGAAUUCACAGCACCUCAUGGACAAAUGGCUGUGAGCUCAUGUAGUGCCACCUCAGACAAUCUAUGGGAACAACCCCUGCAGCAGAACAACAUACAUUUCAACAUUUCCCCCUGUUUUAGGGACAACAGAGUGUCCCCCCGGACCAGGAGAAAUCAGGAAGUUAUUGUUAGUUUUAAGACCGUGAGCGACCACAUGGAGAGAGUCUCAAGCUUUAACAUGGAAACUCUAUCCACAGGCUGUGAUGAAACAAAAACACAUUUUCAUCUCUGCCAGUGCAACAAGUCGAGACCAGGAAGCAGCGCAGGCUCAAACUUGGUCAACGGUCAGAAACAAGUUAGGACAACAACAGCAGCAUUUUGUCUUUGUGUGCCAAGCAACACAAGUCAAGUCCCGACACCUCUGGAGCUCAGUACAUUUCCCAUGCAUUCCACUAAAAGAAGCACCACUGGUAGUGGUAGUGGCAGUGAGGAUGACGAUAACCCACCAUCCCAGUGUCACCAGUUUCCCAAGCUCCCAUCCCCUCCUCCCUGCCUUGGCCUCCAGGAUUCCCAUUUAAACCUUUCAGAGGAUGAUUAUGGCAGCGAGGCUGAUGAGGAAUGGAUGUUCCCGGGGAGCCAAAAACAGGACCAGUGUCUUGGAUCUGGAUUAGGGCCCCAUCAGCAGUCCUCUUCUUCCAUCUCCAACAAAGAUGAUAAAACUCAGGAUUAUUCUAAUGGAGGUCAGAAAAGGAUGACUAUACGGUCACUGAGACCAGAAAGAAAAUCUGAUGGUACAGAUGUAACAAAAAUGGCACAAACAUCAAGAGGACUUCUAAGAGAAAAACUAGAUCAGAGUGAUAAACUGAAGAGGCCCUGCAGAGGCGAUGACGUCCUCUCGGACACAGAAGCGAAUCAGCACAUGAGAAAUCAACACAGUCUGCACAAACUGGAAACCAGUGAAGUCCAGGCCCUCAGGCAGCAGAUGGAGGUGCUUCAUCAGCAGUUCAAACAGAAAGAGAGUGAUUGGUCCGCAGUUCGACACCAGCUGGAGGAGCUGAUCAGCGAGUAUGCUGAGCUGAGGAAGACACUAACAGUUACGCCACAGUGCCGCUCCGUGGCCAAUCAAUGUACUGCACAAACACAAACUGAACACCUGGAGGGACAGAUGGAGACGGAGCAGCUUCUCUCUAACGGGUGCAGCUUGGUGACUCUCAGUAACGGGACAAGGAAAGUUACCUCUGCAGACCAGAAGACAAAAACAGUCACAUUCUUCAAUGGAGACAUCAAGCACAUUUUGGAAGAUGGGAAAGUGGUUUAUUACUACGCUGGUUCACAGACAACACAUACCACCCACCCAAGUGGUCUGGAGGUCCUUCACUUCCCCAACAAGCAGAUUGAGAAGCGACACCCUGGGGGGAAGAGAGAGAUCUUAUUUCCAGACCAGACCAUCAAGUAUUUGGAGCCUGACGGCAGCGAGAGGACAAUCUACUCUGAUGGCACCAUCGUUCAGCGUUCACCGUCAGGUGAAAAGAUGGUCGAAUUCCCCAAUGGUCAGAGAGAGAUCCACACCUCCCAGUACAAGAGAAGAGAAUAUCCUGAUGGGACAGUUAAGACCAUCUACCCCAGUGGACGACAGGAAACCAAGUACGCAUCAGGCAGAGUACGCAUCAAGGCAAAGGACAAAGUUACCAUCAGACAUUUUAAAUGAAUGUGUAUAUUUAUAUUUGUAAGUGUGAGAUGGAGAAUGGUGUGUGUGUUCAGGGAUAUAGUAUUGGUAGGAAAUAACCUUUUGCAAUAUGGUCCAAACAGUGAUCAGUAAACCAGUGAUCAGAAAUUAGAGAUGUUUUUACAUUGUAGAUCUAACUUUGUAUUUUAUCCUCAUGUAGCAAGUAAUGCAUUACUAUUACUUUAAAAGAAUGACUGACAAGUGGUUUCACAAUGAUUCUAUACAAUUAUGAGCACUUUUCCACAUGCUGUUGUAAACACUAAGGGGGAAUUCGUAAAGAAACACCCUUGUACUGUAAAAGAAGAUGGCUUGAUUGCUAGAAAGUUACCCCAACUCUCUGAAGAUGAUAACAGUUUUCACUGUAACUGCAUGUAGCUAUUAGCAUUGAUCACUGAGCCUCAUUUGCAUUAAAAGGAUCAACUUUAGCACCACAUUAAUGCAUAUUUA